AUGUUCGAGGAUUUCUCCUUCUCAUCCCCCUCGUCCACCCGGCCAUCCCACCUGGCGGGUGAUGGGGAUGAUCGCCUCAUGGUCGAUUGUGACAGUACUCUGAUCUCGCCUCUCUCUUCACGGUGUCCGUCCCCUAGGUCCUCCACAUCUCAGCGCUUUCCCCGAAGGUCCACUCGUUCUCGGUCCUCCUACUUUCGCUCGCAUCAGGCUCCCACCUCCGUUCCGUUGUCCGCCUAUGACCACAAGCGUCUGUCAAUCGCGACCCUGACCAGAAAGCUCCACGAGCAUACCAUCCAGAAUUCAUCUCGUGAUGAUACACAACUAGAGAGUCCCACGUCCCCGACGGCUGACCUCGGUUCUGUAAGGUUUCCGGGGUACGUCUUGACGCCCCCGGAUACCGACCAUGACGAUGAGGGUUUUUUUGAUUCCUCAUCCCUCACGUCUCCUUCACUCUCGCCUCAACCACAAUCCCCCUUUCUUAGUCCGACUUCCGUCCCGCUCGAUCAUCAAGCUGAGGGCGGGACCCCGGACUUCUCGUUCCCUGACAGCUGGAAUGUUCGCGUCCAGCGGCAACAUAUCUCCCGUCUGCAGUGCAAUCCCUCAGAUAUUGAAGCCAUCCGCCAGGCUCUCCUUUCAGAGGAUGAUGCGUUAAACAUAAACCUAGACCUAGAAUCCGGUGAGGAUGACUGUCACCCCAGCUCGCUCCCGCCGCAAAAGUCUCCUCGACGAAAUGCCGUCACUCGUCAGCGAAGUCGGUUCCAACCCCAAAAUUCUGCCUCAAGCCUCAUGGAACCCGCUGCUAUCGAGUCGCGUGGUAGACGGAAAAGCAGCUCUGGCGUGGUGCAGUCUUACCGGAUCGAAAAGAACUACCCUUCGUUGACUGGUCGAGACAUGCGCAAGAGUGAACAGGGGCUGCGACGGAAGAGCCUCGUGAGUGCAGCAUUAGCUUCUUUGGUUGAGAAGCGGCCAUGUACUCCGGAAUGA